UUCAAUUAACUUUCCUUGCAUUAGUACCUUGUUCGAACCAUUUUUUAUUUACUGAUUUCCAAGAAAAAAAAAACCUUAGAUAAAUCAGUUUCCGGAACGAUUAUUCCAUAUGUGACGUUAAAAUGGAAUUCGACCCGUAAACCCUUAUCAGUAUUUCACACACAGUCAAGGUUGUAUAAUAAGGUUGUUUACUCUCGAUGCGCUGCAUUGUACGGAAAAUGUCGUCUCCUAAGCUGAUAGAUAGACAAAAUCUGUCAUGACGUCACUAUCGAAUCUUUAUUCAGUGACGACAUAUGAUGUGUUUUUAUCUAUCUAACUUAAAAGACGACAUUUUCCGUACAUUGGAGCAUUUGAGGGCAUCAAGAAAAACUAACUGUUACAUCGUUAUUGUUUAUUAUUCUAAACAACUGCAGGGUCUAAAUUGAUCCAAAAAAAAAAUGGAAACCAUUAUUUGAAUUAUAUUUUUCAGGUUUAAAGGAAUAUGUGGAAUAAAGGAUUAAAGAUUGUGGGUUCCCUAUUAUUCUUUAGUUGUAUUUUAAUCUUUACUCUAGAAGCAGGUUAUAACGAAUGGUUUAUUGAAUGGUAUAGAAUGAAGGUAUAUUUGGUUGAUUCUGAUUGCAAAGUUUCAGGUACAUAUCAGAGUUUGAAACGUAUGAGGUGUUAAAAAACGAGAGCAACAAGGGGGCAAAAUCAGAUAUUCUNAUACCAGGUAAAAUCAGAUAUUCUCAGAAACCAGGUAAAAUCAGAUAUUCUCAGAUACCAGGAAAAAUCAGAUAUUUUCCUGAAAUCAACUUAACAAUAUCAUAUUAUCUAGAUAAUUUACAGAAAUGGAGGCGUUUAUUUUGACACUGAUUCAAUUUGGUAAUUUUUUUACUAAAUUACAAUUCCACUCCCUCCCGCCCCCAACCCUCUUCUCAUGGGUACCCCUGCGACAUUUUUUUCAGGAGGCAUUAUCAUUUAAUAUGAUUUUUACAGUUGCUGGCCAUAUUUCGAGUGAAUGUUAUAAUUCAGUCAAUUCUUUAGAGGGUUUAAACUAAAGUGUGAACAAAACUUUGUUUAAACCUUCAGUCAAAAAAUUAAUUUUAUUUUCAAACUUAAUACCAUACUCUUAAAAGAUAUUCUCACAAUUGAGAAACGAGUUUUACCUCAAUGCUUAAGGUAAUUUUUUUCAUGUGCACCCUCCCCCUCCCUCCCUCCACUACCUCAUCCUUAAAAAUAAAUAUUCUAAAUAAUGUAAAUAUUUAUGUGUCUAAUCUGUACUGUCACAUUUUAUGUACAUACUUUCAGUGUGAAACCCCUGCUUGAUUUAUUGAUUGCUAGUUUUGUUAUUUUAUCCCCCUCACCCUGGAAUAAUAUUUCAAAUGGUGCACUGGGCUUUCCUAAGGGAUCUCGGUUCUUAAAAUAUGUACUGGAUGCUUUAAAACUUAACAUAAAAAAGGACCCUGAAGCUUACAUUCCAUAUAGAACUGGUCCUGCUUUCUUUUCUGGAUGUUUUAGAAACUACAAUGACUCUGUUAUCAAUAUGAUCUCCUAUGAGUAUCUUGUAUCUAAUCAGCCAAAUAUAAGUUUGGUUUAUCAGACUCUUGAUGCCUCUUGGGGAAAAAGAUAAGAAAAAGAUGAGAAAAAGUUGAGAAAAAAAAUAAAAGAAAGAUGAAAAAA